UCCUGUUCUUUUUUUAGCCGGGCAGCUGAAAUGUGAGGGGUCACAAUCGCAGGAUAAAUACAACGGCCAGCAUGCCAGAGGGGCGUCGCGGACUUAAGCCCGGAUCUUCUCUGACCCUCUCUCGUCUCCCAGCACUCCUCCUAACCGCAAAAGAGUCAGGAUGCCUCACGCUUAUCCUUUCCUCACUCCGGAGCAGAAGAAGGAGCUCAGUGACAUCGCUCACAAGAUCGUCGCUCCCGGCAAGGGAAUCCUUGCUGCAGAUGAAUCCACCGGCAGCGUAGCCAAGCGCUUCCAGAGCAUCAAUGCUGAGAACACCGAGGAGAACAGGAGGCUGUACCGUCAGCUGCUCUUCACCGCUGACGAGCGUGCCACACCCUGCAUCGGCGGCGUCAUCCUUUUCCACGAAACCAUGUACCAGAAGACCGACAGUGGCAAAGUCUUCCCCCAGUACCUCAAGGAAAGAGGCAUGGUGGUUGGCAUCAAGGUCGACAAAGGUGUCGUCCCCCUAGCCGGAACCAAUGGCGAGACCACCACCCAGGGUCUGGAUGGUCUGUACGAGCGCUGUGCUCAGUACAAGAAGGAUGGUGCUGACUUCGCUAAGUGGCGCUGCGUUCUGAAGAUCACUCCCACCACCCCAUCCAGACUGGCCAUCAUUGAGAACGCCAACGUCCUGGCACGUUAUGCCAGCAUCUGUCAGAUGCACGGUAUCGUCCCCAUUGUGGAGCCCGAGAUUCUCCCUGACGGUGACCACGACCUGAAGAGGUGCCAGUACGUGACGGAGAAGGUCUUGGCAGCAGUGUACAAGGCUCUGUCCGACCACCACGUCUACUUGGAGGGAACCCUGCUCAAACCCAACAUGGUGACCGCCGGACACUCCUGCUCACACAAGUACACCAACCAGGAGAUCGCCAUGGCAACUGUCACUGCCCUGCGCCGCACCGUGCCCCCCGCUGUUCCCGGAAUUACCUUCCUGUCUGGUGGUCAGAGUGAGGAGGAGGCCUCUAUCAACCUGAACGCCAUGAACCAGUGCCCCCUGCACCGAGCCUGGGCCAUCACCUUCUCCUACGGCCGUGCCCUGCAGGCCUCAGCCCUCAAAGCCUGGGGCGGCAAGAAGGAGAACGGAAAGGCCUGCCAGGAGGAGUUCAUCAAGAGAGCUCUGGCUAACAGCCAGGCCGCUGUGGGUAAAUACGUAAGCAGUGGUAGCAGCAGCGCCGGUGGAGAGUCCCUCUUCGUGGCCAACCACGCUUAUUAAGCAUGGACAUUCCCCAACCACCCCUUCCAUACCCAUCAUCCUGUAACCAUGGAAACAGCCACACCUUUGUAUGGGUUGUCUACCUGUCUCUCCCCGGCGAAUGACAAGUGUUUUUAUGGCCAUCUUGUUGAAAGCAGGAGGGAAAGGUGCACAAACCUGUUGUUUGGGUUGAUGCUGCAGAGAGAAGAUUCUGGGGGAAAAAAAGUUCUGCCUCCAUUCCCUCUCCUUUUAGAUUUUAAAGUUUCCCUCACAAUGUUUUUAGAAAGAAACAGCCACUAUUAUUCUUUGGCUUGAUUCCACCCAUAUGCUGCGCCAUAGAAUAAAGUAUUAAUCCACAA